GUCAGUCACACCCCCGCGUGUUUGAGUUUACCACACCCUUAAUGAAGACAGAAUCCAGAAGACACACAGAGCAUCUGCCAUUUUGGAUGUUUUUCCACAGAGGUAGUCUUGAAGGGGCCGUGGUUUGUAACUAACUCGAGGACGGGGCCUAAAACGUCGGUCUUUAAACAAGGCUGUGCUUCCAGCCUUGUAAACCGACAGCGAAAUUUUGUAUGAGAGCGUCGGUGCAUCAUUUUCCAAGAUGGCGUGCUGUCUCAGCGCAGAACAGCAAGAGCAAAAACGAAUAAAUCAAGAAAUCGAGAGGCAGUUGAGAAAAGACAAACGAGAUGCCAGGAGAGAACUUAAGUUGUUGUUGUUGGGCACUGGCGAGAGUGGCAAGAGCACGUUCAUCAAGCAGAUGCGGAUCAUCCAUGGUGCAGGCUACUCAGAGGACGAUAAACGGUGCUUUAUCAAGAUCGUGUAUCAGAACAUCUUCAUGGCCAUGAAUGCAAUGAUUCGUGCAAUGGACACACUGAAAAUCAACUACAAAGACCCAAAUAAUGAGGGCAAUGCUAGCCUCGUUCGCCAGAUCGAUCACGAACAUGAGACAGUGUCAACCUUUGAGCAGCAGUUUGUGGACGCCAUCAAGGCGCUGUGGGCAGAUAGCGGCAUACAGGAGUGCUACGACAGGCGGAGAGAAUAUCAGCUGACAGACUCUGCAAAAUACUACUUAGAUGAUGUUGAUAGGAUCACUCAACCUGACUAUUUGCCAACGCUGCAAGAUAUCCUUCGAGUAAGAUCCCCGACCACUGGGAUCAUAGAAUAUCCCUUCGACUUGGAUAGUAUAAUAUUUAGAAUGGUAGAUGUGGGAGGCCAGAGGUCAGAACGGCGCAAGUGGAUACACUGUUUUGAAAACGUCACGUCCAUAAUGUUCUUAGUAGCCUUAAGUGAAUAUGAUCAGGUGUUAGUGGAGUCAGACAAUGAGCAUUUAUGGUAUUUUCCCAAAGGGAACCGGAUGGAGGAAUCAAAGGCGUUGUUCCGCACAAUCAUCACAUACCCAUGGUUUCAAAACUCCUCUGUCAUAUUGUUCCUCAACAAGAAGGAUCUUCUAGAGGAGAAGAUUAUGCAUUCGCACUUAGUCGAUUAUUUCCCAGAAUUUGAUGGUCCAAAGAAGGAUGCCCAGGCUGCUAGAGAGUUUAUACUACGGAUGUUUGUCGACUUGAAUCCAGACCCAGAUAAAAUCAUCUACUCACAUUUCACUUGCGCCACAGAUACGGAAAAUAUUCGGUUUGUGUUUGCAGCAGUGAAAGAUACCAUAUUACAACUUAACUUAAAGGAAUACAAUUUAGUGUGAAAAAAAACAGUGCGGCAAAUUGCCUGUGACGGAGCCGUCAUAAAAAAGUGACCUUGAUUUUUAAACCUUCAUUUCUACAUCCAUGUGACUGGUGUUAUAACGGUUUUCCGGCACUUGUUAAAACAAAACAAAAAAACGUGACCGGACAAAUCAUGCAAGAAGGAUGAUUUUUACCUGGAAACCGUUGUCGUCAUAAUAAUUUUCUAUGACGCAAGUAUGAAAGGGUUGUGUAGUCUUUUUUAAAGACUCAACCCUGCUCUGUCGGCCAUUUUUACUAUGUGCUUUUUUGGCAGGGGGCCGAAGGUUAUUUUGAGUAGCUGUUGUGUUUUAAAACAAUUGGAGAACAAUGUGUAUAUCGUAUAAUGUAAAUUGCACUGUUUCCACGACCAUUGUGUCAUUUUAAAGCUGUGAGACGAGGUGAGAACCUCUAGUUUUGUUAUGGAUGUAUUUUUUUUACUCCCAAAUGUGGCGUUUGACGCUGUGAAGAUUGGACUUCUUGAAAAUUUAAAGUAUCAUACUUAACUACAAGCGAAGCUGUUAUACAUUUGAGUUUCAAGCAGAAUUACAAGUGAAACUACAAGCAAAAACGCUUGUAUUUAUUCCCAAGCAAAUAACUGCACUUUUCACCCUCUAUUGAUGAUUGGCAUGGAAACAGAAUUUUACCAGUCAACAGCCAAUUGAAUAGUGGAAUGUAGCCUACUGUGACAGCUUACAGCGCAAUGUUUGUCUGGUUCAAUUCCAGAAAUGGAAAGCAAUGUAAUUUAUAAUUUAAAGUUAAUUCUUUUUACGAAAAUUGUUAAUGAGAAUGGAGGCAUUUAGUAGUGAUAAUUCGAGGGUUGAAAGGCAAGCUGGUGUUAUCUGAUAUGUAAAUGUGUAGCUUAUACACCAGUUUUUCAUUCAAACCUUGCAAGUGUGUCCUUCAGUCAAUUAUUGUGUUCCACACAUACACAUUGUUCAUAAUUAACAUGUGUUUCUAGUUUUUACAUGUGAUUAAGUGAAUGUCCAUUUGUACUUUUGUCACAUAGCUUUUGUAUGAAACAUUUAUUUCAUAAACAAAUUAAAAUGUAAAAUUGCCCCCAUUGAUAAGGUUCAGUAGCAGUACUUAUCGUAUAUUAAUUAUAAAGUAUACAUAUACAUGUACAGUCAAUCUUGUAUUAAGAGACCACUCAAGGGAGUAAUCAAAAGUGGUCUCUUAAUAAAACGGUCUUUGAAUACAAAAGGCCAUUCUGGAAGAAUGCUUACCCUCAAUUUUAAUCUAUAUGAAGGAUUAUCUCUUUUAUCCACAAUGAUUUUAACUUUUAUAAUAAAAUGAAUAUAAACACAAUACAUAAACAAUAUUUUACUUAUAAUGUGUUUUAUUUUUCACUUAUUAUAAAUUAUCAUUUAUUAUAAAUCAAUUGUGUGUACAUAUUUAUUUGCAAAAACAACAUAGACAAGGAAAUAUUUUUCCUAAGAACAAAGAAUUUUGCUAAAAAUGUGUAACAGUCUACAUAUACAUGAGUACAGCUAAAACUAGAAAUAAAUGUCAGAAGCCAAAAGCUAUGAUAUAUUAUCACAUGUAUUUCUCUUUCCGUUUCUAUAUUGCGCGUUUUUUUUCACCUGACACAUUAUUUUCCACGUCUUCAAGCACCUCGGCUUUACGCUUAAGAAUGUUCUGAAUUUGGGUUUUUCCGACUCCAAUCUCGUCUGCGAUUUUACGUGCACUUAUACUCUUUGACAAUUCCAAAACCCGAAUUUUCGCGUUCAACGUUAAUACUUUUUGUUUUGACAUUUUAAUUUCUGCAUGAACGCUUAAGGAAAUCUAACUCGAUUAUGAUACAUAAUAACUGAAAAAAUUAAAACACGUCAAUUGAAAACAAACAAUCUGACCUGGUUGGAAAAUUUAUUAAGUAAAUAACAAUGUGAUUGGCUUACAAAUAUCUACUAAUUAGCAUUAUUACAAAUUGGUAAUGUACGGAUUUCGACAGAUGUUGCCGAUUAAUAGUUUAUUUUCCGCACUUCUCAGGAAAUGUUUGUCGCGUACAGUGCAUUGUUUCUGCACCUGUUAUCUAUACUCGAGAAAAAUCGGCAUUGUCUCUUAACGAUCCACAUAGUAAACUAUUUAAGCUGUAGACUGUGCGCAAUACGUUCCUCUAUUAUUCAACUCAAUAAAUUAAUACGCAGUCUACAACAAUACCGGUCAGAACCGGUCAACGAGACAAAGCAUAAUCAUAAUGGUUGUGAAAACAAAGCAGAGGUGUAACAGUACAUCUUAUCGGCUUAGAUAAACAAUUAACACGGAUUUGUCCCUGAAAGAUCGAUAGAUUAACCACUUUUACCUCCUAGUGGUCGCUUAAUACAAGAUUCGGACAUCAAAAUACACACAAAUCAGCGGUCGCUGGUCGCGUAAGACAAAAGUCGCUUAAUACAAUAUCAUUAUAAAGCGAAAAAGCUCCGUGGGAUUUCAAAAUGGUCGCAUAAGACAAAGGUCGCUUAAUACAAGUGGUCGCAUCCACAAGAUUGACUGUAUAAUGAAUCAUUGAAAUGAGUUUAAAUCUUUAACUAAAAUACUAUGAUGCUUCUACUACUAUUAUAAAUUUACUAUUAGUCUGACUAAGACUAUGAUUUCGACUAUUUAACUGCCCAAUAUUCUGAUUUUAUUACACGGUUUCUUAUCUGAAAAACUUCUCGAGUGCUAUUUCAUUUGUUUUUUAUACUAAUUGAACCAUUUCCUCUUUUUUAAAGACAGAUUGUCGCUGUUUUUCAUACAAUUUUAUUUGUUGCUGCAAACAGCAAAAUUGUAUUCAUUACUCUAAUGAAAAUUUAGUAUUUAUUGAGUUUUAGUAGUAACAUUAUCAAAUAAGUUGCAAUAUGUGUGUAUGCUUAUCUCUAUAAUUAUGAAAUUGUUGUUAACUAUUGAUUGUAACAGUUGAACAUAACAUUACAUAAAGAUCACAAUAAUACAGAUGACACUAUUACUUCAACUCUUUCAGUGCUGGAACCGAAUUUUGAAGGCCUUUGCAAACAGUUUGAAUCCAGAUGAGACGCCACAGAACGUGGCGUCUCAUCAGGAUCCAAACUGUUUGCUAUUCUUAUAGUAUUCUUUAAAAAAAAAUCGAAGAAAAUGCUAAUAAGAAAUUCAGCAGACGACAAAUUUCCCAGCAUGCAAAGGCUUAACCCAAAAAUUAGUUUCUGGUGAGUGUGACAUAGCCAAUGUCAACAUGUCUGUAUUUUUGUUUUUUUAUAAAACUGUCUUUCUAGGAAUAAAUCAGUGUCUUUGAACAUACAUUUAUUUGUCUUCAAGGACAAAGCUUAUCAUGUUAUAAAACAUAUUAUUAAUUAUUUUUAUUUAAGUUAAAAAAAUGUGACUGCUUGAAAUCAUUCAAGUUGCAAUAGACUAAAGAAUCAGACUAAAUCAUCUCUGUUUAUUGACCACAAUAUUGGCUCAAGUAAGCUCUAAUUUAAUACAGAAUAAUAGCUCAUUGUUCUCAACGGAUGAAAUCGGCCAAAGAGCAAUGCAAUUAUCAUUUUCCCUUUGAAAGCAAAAAUUGUAUGCUUUUCCGCAUUUGUGUUUACAUUCUGACAAGGCGUUAUGGCUUUCCUUCAGAGGUCCAGGUGAAUCUGUGAGAUCUUGUUAAUUAAGCAUUAAUCAAGAUUCUAGACACUUGACAUGCAUAAAUGUAUACUAUUUUCUGCAUUAAUGGAUACAAUAUAAUAUGUUGUUGUAUUUUGUUUUGUUUUAUACUUUUUUGUUUGCAAAUAUUUCACUGGUGCAAUACAUGGAAGAAGAAUUGUUCUUUCUAUGGAAUAUUUUGCAAAACAUGUCAUUUACAGUGAGAAUAAGCGAUCAAAAGAUAUAAUUUGACUCUGAGCACAACAGCAUCUGUGCUUAAAUUUAAUGUAUACAUACAUGUACCUGCUUUUUUGCUUCAGGUCAUCUUAUAUAUAACAUCUUAUAUAUAAUUUUAUGGUGAUAUUUGUAUUUUAAGUUAGCUAUCUUACAAAUUGAAAUAUUUCUAUAUGUAAAUAACCCUUUGCCCAUGUAUUCUGUAUGUCUUCUACUUCAUGGUAUCUUUUGCAGACAUCAACAUUUUGAUCAGCAAUGGCCUUAUGUUUAACCAAUGUUUCAAACAUAUUUUAAUUACUUCCUUAAGUAUUUAAGAUCAAUGAAAGCGGUUUUCUAGUGGAAAAAAGAUGCAUACAAUGAAAACAUAUUUUGAUUAGUUUAAUGUUUGGAAAUUGCUUCAUCCCCUUAUAUGCAGUCAUGAGUGUACUAAUGUUAAGUCUUUCUUGUAUUUUGUCCAUACAAAAACAGUUAUACCAUAAAAACAACUGUGUUAGCUUUUGAAUCAAGUUCAUCUUGAAAGCACCUGUAAAUGAUACAUUUUGCAAAGCAGUGCUUAAUUUAUGUACAUGUGUAACCAUGACUGUCAUGAAAAAACGCAUACCUAUUGUUGUUAUGAACUUGUUCGUUUCCAUUCUAGAUUUGAUAGGGUUUGAUGACAAAUUUGUAUGGUCGAUGUAAUAAAUAAUUAUGUAUGAAAAUGUCUACUUGAAUUUUUCGUAACCCAUUUUCUCAUUAUUUUAAACGUAGCGGUGCUUGAACGUGAUGGAUUGGCAUACAUUCUGGUCAACACUCUGACAGAGUCAAUUACUAUUUCAGGAAUAUCAUGAUUAGCAAAUUGCCUAUCAAAUUCAGAAUUGUAAAAAAAUCUGGGAUUUUGUUUAUGUGUUUAGCUCACAUAAGAACUCAUGGUGAUCUUUUGUUAUCACGUUUGUCUGUAAUUUAUCUUAGCAACACUAUAAAGGCAAUAUUAACUACCAAAUCUUUAGGACAUUGAGUAAAAACAUUUGCCCCAAUGAUAUUUUGGCUGAGUUCAAAAUUGGGUCAAAAACUAGAUCACCCUUGAUAAGUUAAAGAAAAAGUGUUAAAACUCUAAAUCCUAUGUUUUUCCAAUCUUGCUCUAAAUUUUAAUUUUAUUGAUAUCUCAGCUUAGUUUAAAAAUGGUUCUGCCCUUGAAUAAAAAGUCUCCUAGGCCCUAGGUGGCAGUGCAGUUUAGUUUUCUUAUCGCUUGAGUGAAACCUUGUGAACACUUUAUAUUUGUGAACACUACUAAUUUUGUGUUCUUGAUGAAACUUUCAGCCUAAUUUGAAAAUGGUUCUGGUCCAUUGAAAAACAUUGCUAAAAGGAAGGGGUGUCAGUUUUCCUUUUAUGGCUAUAGUUUAACUUUUGGGUCCACGUUUUUUUUUCUCACACAUUGACAUUGUGGUCGGUUUUAUAUAUAUAAAAGCUGCCCUCAGCCAUCGACCCGAAUUCCAAGCUAUGUUGCAAUUAUAUUAAAAGUCGAUAUGACAUGUAUGAAAUUAACAGGAAACGAGAUGCAUCCUUGUGGUAAAUAAUUAUAAUAGGUGGUUGAGCUUGCACACUUACUUCUUGGCAUAGAAAGCUAGGGAUCCAUUCUUGUUCUGUUUAAAUGCUUUCCAGAGAGCACAUUUCUUUCUUCUCAAAUACACCAAUUGUGAAAUGAGUUUCUUCCUUUUCUUUGGUCUUAAAUAUUGAUUUAUGAAAUCAAAUGUCAUAAAGCUUUAUUGAUGAAAUGUGAAAAAUUGUAGGUGUGGUCAAAAUUAUAUCCAAUCUUUCUGAGGCAUAAUUGUCAGAUAUCUCCAUAAAAUUCUGUAUUGCCUUAUGAUGCUCUAAGAAGGCUAACACAUGAUUGAAGAGAAGGAAAAUACGUGACUUAAAGCUUAUUAAAUGUACAUGACACGAAAUCACUAAAUAUUUGGACUUCGUUUUGUUAAGUUUGUCUAAACAUGACAUGAUCAUUAAUUUCAAUUAACGUGUGUUGGAAAUUUCAGUAAUUAAAGUGAUACUUGUGUGAGGUCUGGCUAAAAAAAAUGGUUUGCUGUCUAUUGCCUACCCAGGGUUGUUGGUAAUGAGUACAACAUACUAGUUGUUUUAUUGGUGCAAACAAAAUAACAUGUUCAAAUUAGACCAUUUUUAAAGGAUGGUCUAUGACAGAGUUGACAAUUAAUUUGUUUGCUACCUAUAAUAAGUAAAUGUCUGGGGGAUGAAGAUUUAUUAGUUGAAAGGAUAUUUAAAAAAACAUCUAAAUUUACCCUGAAAACUUAGUAGGGACAAUUUCUUAGGGUGGGAAGGCAGUGAAAAACAAGAUAUUUUUUUAAGUUUGGCCUAAGUCAUAAUUCUACAUGUUCUUCAUACACAUGCUCUGACAUCUUGCCAGCAGUAUUUUACUUGCCAGUAAUUCUCAUGUUUCUUAAAAGAACAGUUCUUUUUAUGUUAAAUGUUAUUUUGAAAGAGAUUUGAAGAGAAUACGAUCUGGAAAGGGUAUGGUGAUGUAAGACUUCAAAUUUAAAUUAUAUUAUGUGCACCAAAGAUAUUUAAUGGUUUUAUCAGAAAAUAUAAAUGUUUGAUGGCACAAGGCAAGUUUGAAAAGAUGGUCUGUCAAUGAUGUUCCUUAUUAUUCUGGUACUUUUGUCCCAAACCGCAUUAUUACCAUAAGGCAUACAUUCAUCACAUAUCCUGACAAAUUCAAUUAACGGUAGAAUCAAAUUUUCUUUGUGUAACAAUUAGUUUCUUUUAUUAACAAAAAGACAUAAACAACUUAUUUACAUGUAUCAAUACAUUUCAUCAAGCUUAACCAUGUGCUUCACUUAACCCUUUACCACUUAGAUAAGUAUUUUCACACCUUUGUAAUCCCUCAAACAAUUAAUUUUAAUUAAAGACCUUUUUUACUAGAUUCAAAUUUUAAAGGUUUCAUUUCCAACCCUUAGAUACAGUUGAGCGGCAAACUGCAUAAAACCUGAACAGACUGCGAGUUACUUGCCGGCUGUUCUGGUUUUAUGCUGUUUGCACAUAGCUUUUUUCAUUUUGUUUCUGAGUGGUAAAGGUUUGGUUUAUACAAUCUACUGUUUACAAACUGGUCCUCAUGCAUAUAUUUUUUUUUUAAACAUAUAGUAUAAAUUGAACAUUAAUUUUUCAUUUAUAUUCUAAACAGCUGAAUUAUAAAGCAUAAUAAGUAAAACCAUUACCUUUUUGUAAUAUUUUGUUUUUGCCAAUUAAAUUAGGUUUUCAAAAUGUGAAUCUUGUAUUUAUUUUAUAUUUACAUGUCAGAAGGGUAAUUUCUGUAUUCAGAUAAUUGAAAGUGAUCAUUGUGUAUCUGAAUCUUAGAACAAUGAAAACAAUCUAUAAUCUAAUUGUAAUUAGUAAUUUGAUCCAAUGUAUUUUGCGGUUAUGUAAGGAACAAAAUGUAGAAGGCCCGAUCAGGGGCAAUUGUUAUAAGAAUUAAAAAAUUAAACUGAUGUUUGCUUAUUAUGUAAAAGUCUAAAAUGAAGUUGUGUUACUUCUGUAUAAUUUUCGGCAUUGUUUAAAUGAAAAUAGGCAUUGCAUAAUCUUAUUUAUUACUAAAUAUACAUUUUUAUUUAACUAAUAGAUUGAGGGUUUUUAGGCUGAUUAACUACAGUAAUAAUAAUUUUACUGAGCUCAUGAGAUAUUUCAUUGCAGUUUAAAACUUAUAAUAAUUUGUUAAGACAUUAGUGUGCCCAAAUUUAUACUGUUUCCCAUAACUACUGACUUUUUUGAAAAUAAAGCAAUAAUAGAUCAAAACAUAAUAAAAGAAAGUGAUCAUUAAAAAAUGUUCUGACCAAAGUAAAAUAUGACAAAUAUUUUUCGUUCAUUUCUGUGGAAGAUAUAUGUCCUGUACUUUUUGCCCUAAUUCAUAUUUAGAUCUUGGAAGGUGUUAUGUUCAGAUCACCCUUAAUGUCUAAUAAACUCCCAAAUGCUUUUAAAAGGUCUGUAAGUUUUAAUACAUGUUUUGCAUCAUGAGUGCUAUUUGUUUAUAUCCAGAAUCCCUUGAACCUUAUAUAAUCUCAUCUAAUGAACCUUAGUUUGAAGUGAAGUUGAAGUUAUGUAAUAAUGUUGGCUUCAAGAACUUUUUGUGUAAGUGAUUUUCAUCACAUUCUUUUACAAGUUAGUUUAGAGUCAGUCUGGCAAAUGCAAUUAUGUUAGUGUAUCUUUUACUGCAUAGAUAUUAUUGUUUAUAAUUUGUGAAUAUAAAAAAUGCCGUGCAUUUAUUGAUUAAGUCGAUUUGCCUCAAUUGCUGUACAGAUAUUUUCAUUCCAUAUUUUCUAGUCUUUUGAAAAACCCAAAAGUGUUUUCAUUUCUCCCCUGUUUGCAGUUUUAAAAUGUUCUGUGUUAAAUGAAUUUGAGUUUCAUUUAUAUUUCUACAAUUUUGUUUUUGUUAAUACGUGUUUUGUUCCAUUUUGUUUAUAAGUACUAUAAACUGUCUUGUUAAUAUGCUUAAUUUUGCAUCAUCCAACAAAAUACCUUGUUACCCACAUAAUUCAACCAUUAAAAAUAUUGUUAUGCUCCCGGAUCGAAUGAUCAGGGGUAUAUUGCUUUUGGCCUGACUGUCUGUCAUUCUGCCUAAAACUUUAACCUUAGUCAUUACUUUUGCAUUAUUGAUGAUAGCAAUUUGAUAUUUAUCAUGCAUUGUUUCUCAUGGAGCUGCACAUUUUGAGAAGUGAAAGGUCAAGGUCAACCUUCAAGGUCAAAGGUCAAAUAUAUGGCUUCAAAGCAGUGCAGUAGGGGGCAUUGUGUUUCACAAACACAGCUCUUGUUAUCUUUAAUAUUCAGCACUUUGAGUGUUUUUAUUCGCAAUAUUCAUUUUAAUGAUCAUUACAUGACGUCAUUUGUGAAAAAAGAUGUCAUCAACUUCUAACAACGUCGCGUUUGUCUCCUUUUUAUACGCCCGUAUAAAAUACGGGACGUAUUAUGUGAAACCCCUUGGCGGCGGGCGGCGGGCGGAAGGCAUCACUUUGUCCGGACUCUAAUUCAAAUUGUAUUCAUCCGAUCUUCACCAAACUUGGUCAGCAGUUGCAUCUAGUUGAUAUCUAGGCCAAGUUCGAAUAUGGGUCAUGCCGGGUCAAAAACUAGGUCAUAGGGUCAAUAAGUGCAUUUUCAAAGGGGCCACUUUGUCCGGACUCUAUUUCAAAUUGUAUUCAUCCGAUCUUCACCAAACUUGGUCAGCAGUUGCAUCUAGUUGAUAUAUAGGCCAAGUUCGAAUAUGGGUCAUGCCGGGUCAAAAACUAGGUCAUAGGGUCAAUUAGUGCAUUUUCAACGGUGCCACUUUGUCCGGACUCUAAUUCAAAUUGUAUUCAUCCGAUCUUCACCAAACUUGGUCAGUAGUUGCAUCUAGUUGAUAUCUAGGUCAAGUUCGAAUAUGGGUCAUGCCGGGUCAAAAACUAGGUCACAAGGUUACUUAGUGCAUUUCAAGCAUUUAGCAUGGUGUCCGCUCUCUAAUUGAAGUAGUUUGCAUCUGAUCAUCACCUAAUUUGGUCAGAAGUUGAGUCUAGAUGAUAUGUAGAUCAAAUUCGAAUAUGGGUCAUGCCGGGUCAAAAACGAGGUCACGAUCGGACACAUAAUGAAUUUCAAGCAUUUAGCAUGGUGCCCGCUCUCUAAUUGAAGUAGUUUUCAUUUGAUCUUCACCAAAUUUAGUCAGAUGUUACAUCUAAAUGAUAUCUAGGUCAAGUUCAAAUAUGGGUCAUGCCGGGUCAAUAACUAGGUCUCGAGGUCACUUAGUGCAUUUCAAGCAUUAAGCAUGGUGUCCAAAACCUCCGAACGGGCGUAUCUUGUGACAGUUUGGCACUCUUGUUUAAUUUGAUGGAAGGUUUAGGUAAAUAGUAAUUUUCUUGUUAAAAGUCAUUUGAUAAAAAAAACAAUUUGCACUCAUUGUCAUUUCAUAAAUUUCUUUAUUAAACUACUUAGAAAAUACCAAGUAACUGUGACUUAUGAAAUAUAGCGAAGAUAUUUGUGGGUGCUUUUCAUGUAUGCUUCUUUAAAAAAAAAGUGUCUUGUUUUGUGACCAGGUCCUACAGUUUUUGUUAAUUAGAAAGGUCUCCUGGAUUACACCACUUUUUUCUGCAUUAAUCUGUAUGACAUAAUUUUGUGAUAAAUUUACUAUUGUCGUUCAGUAUAGGAAUAAAUUGUUCAUUUAUCAUAAUAAAGAAAUUCAUUUAUUGUAAUAUUUCGUGUGAUGUACGCAUAAAAGGCUUGAUGAAAUUUUUACAUUAUCAUGGAAGAAUAUAUGAUGAAAUCAUUUUUAUAUCCUUACAAUGUAUUGAAAGAUUUUAAAUGUGUGUUUUGUGUGUUAAAUGUGUGAUGUCAUAGACAUAUUUUAAUGACGUCAUGAGUUUAUGCUUACUUGUGACAUUUUGGCGGCAAAUUAUAGUGUCGUCCAGUAGUGUAAUUCAUAAAUUUGUUGUAAGUUUACUGAUCACAACGUAUUUCUGUAUAGUAAAUGUUUUUGAGAUUUGAUAUGCUGUAAGACUCUACAUCAUUAUUAAUUUAUAUUUCAUCAAUUGUAUAAUAACCAAUUAUUGAAGGUUUGCCUAUUCUGGAACAAAUCUGCUCAUUCUGUAUCGAUAAGUAGCAUUAAUUUACAUCGUUGAAGAGAACUCACCCACAACAAUGGCUCAAGGCACAAACAAUUUAAUAUGCAUGGGUGAAAGCUUUCGUUAUUUAUUCUUAAUUAAGUCUUUAUAAAGGGUUUUAACCUACAUAAAUUCUAUCACUAUGAGUUUAUCACUGAAUCCAGUUUAAAGAUGUUAAAUUUCUGCCCUUUCACCCGUAAAUAUUUGUUUAACAUAGAUUUUAAAUUGUUUUAAACUGACAGAUCCAGUAAAAUGAUAUAGGAACAAUGCUACAAAUAUGCUACGAAAAGAUCUGCAUUUUCAGUUUAGUCCGAAUUAGCAUUGGCCUAAUGUUGGGGUCAUAUUGUUUCACAUUUCAUUCCAUUCUGUAAAAGGCUAUCCAUCAAAUGUGUACUUUUUUCUGGUGAAAAUGCAUGAACGCUUUCUAUGAAAAGAGUCCCAUUGCAUGUUGUGUACUGAUUUCGAAUGCCUGAAUGCCCUUAGUUUCACUCUAAAAAUAAUUGAUAUUUAUGCCCCCCUUCGAAGUAGAGGGGUAUAUUGUUUUGCUCAUGUUGGUCCGUCCGUCCGUCCACCAGAUGGUUUCCGGAUCAUAACUCAAGAACGCUUAGGCCUAGGAUCAUGAAACUUCAUAGGUACAUUGAUCAUGACUGGCAGAUGACCCCUAUUGAUUUUCAGGUCACUAGGUCAAAGGUCAAGGUCACAGUGACUCAAAAAUAUUAAAAUGGUUUCCGGAUGAUAACUCAAGAAUGCUUAGGCCUAGGAUCAUGAAACUUCACAGGUACAUUGAUCAUGACUGGCAGAUGACCCCUAUUGAUUUUCAGGUCACUAGGUCAAAGUCACAGUGACUUGAAAUAGUAAAAUGGUUUCCGGAUGAUAACUCAAGAAUGCUUACGCCUAGGAUCAUGAAACUUCAUAGGUACAUUGAGCAUGAAUGGCAGAUGACCCCUAUUGAUUUUCUGGUCACUAGGUCAAAGGUCAAGGUCACAGUGACUCGAAACAGUUUCUGGAUGAUAACUCAUGAAUGCUUACACCUAUGAUCAUGAAACUUCAUAGGUUCAUUGAUCAUGACUGGCAGAUUACCCCUAUUGAUUUUCAGGUCACUAGGUCAAAGGUCAAGGUCACAGUGAUUCAUUAAUUGUGUUUGUCCAAAACUUCAACCUUGGUCAAAGUUUUGCAAUAUCUAAAAUGGUUUCCGGAUGAUUACUCAAGAAUGCUUAGGCCUAGGAUCAUGAAACUUCAUAGGUACAUUGAUCAUGACUGGCAGAUGACCCCUAUUGAUUUUCAGGUCGCUAGGUCAAAGGUCAAGGUCACAGUGACAAAAAACGUAUUCACACAAUGGCUGCCACUACAACUUACAGCCCAUAUGGGGGACAUGCAUGUUUUACAAACAGCCCUUGAUAUAUUUUUAUUGAGAUGAUAAUUAUAAUUUUUCAGUUCUACAUUUAUUAUAUAGUUGUCAAUAUUGUUGCACAUUUUUCUGCUUCGAGUCUUAUUUGGCGACUGUCUCAUAACUACUCUUUUGCACCAGUUUAUUAUCAUUUUAUGGACCUUUAUCUCGCCCCUUUCAAGAAUACCAAUAUUCUGUAAUUUAAACAAUCAGCAUCAAGUACACAUUUGCACUUGCUUACUAAUAAGCCAUUUUUUUAUGAAGAUUUCUUCAAAUGUUCACAACUAAAUUACAAAUGGGCUGUUCACGCAAAUAUGCACCUUGGCAAAUUUACUUAUGUAAAUAGAAAGCUUUUAAAAAUUCAAUUUCUUAAUCUUUCCUAAGGUGGCAUAAACUUCUUGUUCAAGUUUCUUGUGUUUUGAUAUUUUCAGUUAUUUUGGUACAUAUACCAUUUGUAACAAACAAAGAAAUAGUGCUCUGUGACGUACACUUUUUCCAAGUUAAGCAUGAUACAAAACAAAACCUAGUGUCAGAUACUAUGAACAUAUAUCUCUGUCUUGAGUUGUUUUUGUUUUUAUGAGUUAAAACAUCAUGCUGAACUUUGUGAUCUAAGUUGAAAUAGUAAAUUAAACCAUAUCAUGAAGCGUUCGUUACUGCUAAUAUAUGACAGAUAUCAUGUUAUCAAGUGUUUUGUAAACGAGAAAAUGUGUCAAAUACUGUAGUAUGUUAUUUUACGUCAAAAGAAAGAUAACUGUGUCUUAUCUUUCAUGGCACAAUACAAGUAUUUAAAUACGCAUUCUGAAGAACAAUACUAAAACGUCUUACUUUUGGCAAGGCAGACAAAACGUUAUGGAACAUGAUACGCGUAUACAUUUCUAUCAUUACUGAAUGUCUGAUGAAUGUGUGACUAUGAUUUUUAUUUGUGUCUUGUUCUGUGGAAAUUGGGCAAAAUGCAUGUGCGUAAAGUGUCGUCCCAGAUUAGCCUGUGCAGUCCGCACAAUCAGGGAUGACACUUUUGGCUUAAAUGGUAUUUUCGUUUAAAGGAAGUGCCUUUUUAACCGAAAAUCUAUGUUAAGCGAAAAGUGUCGUUCCUGAUUAGCCAGUGCGGACUGCACAGGCUAAUCUGGGCCGACGCUUUACGCACAUGCCUUAAGCCCAUUUUUCUCAGAACAAGACACAUUUUGUUCAAUAUUUUUGUCUUCUGCGGAGGCUAUACCCUUUAUUGUAUUCGAUUGUAAUUUAUUAUGAAUAAAUCGUAUAACUUUU